UGAUCUCCCCCGUGAACCCCUCUACGGAUACCGUAACUCCACCCAUCGAAUCGCCCGCCAACUAACCGCCGACAUCACGCAUAACGGAGGAAGUAGCAGAAGAAUGAAUCUGUACAGUGUCAUAUCGCAAAGUACAUUUCCUUCCCUGGGGGAUCUGGUUCUUGAGGCUUAUUUGUGAUAAGGGUCCGGAUCCGCCCGGCUCAAUCUACGGUCGGGGCGAAAAUUGAACUUCCAUAACACCAAAGGGUACCGUACGUACCUCCCAUUGGCGAUUCUGUGCACCUGUGUAACGAGAGGGGCCGAAAGAUUUUCGCUUUCUGGGAGCGCCCUUAACGGUAAUGUCCACGAUGUGGGCAUUCCUGUUCCUCUUAUAUUAGAUUAUCUCCGGAAUUGUGAGGAUCAAUGCUUAGAGGGCCCAGCGCGCGGAUCUUCUAUAGAGUGUUCAACGCAGGGAAGACGGCAUUGAAAUAUCUCUAUUUCAAAGACAAGCUAACCCCCGUGACAGAAUCAAAGACGAUAUGUUGGUUACCUUCACCAGCCCUCGGGUUCUUGUGGGAUUGGGUGGGGGAUGAAAGCUGAGUUCCUCGAUGGACCAUGGAAUAUCGGAUACCUGGAGCCGAAAACAUAUAUAAAUGGUAUAAGCCGGAAUAAGAGACUGACGGACAUCCCGGCUUCUAAACACAGGUAACAACGGGAUCUAUUGCUGGAUUGAUAGCUCGGGGGAUCCGAAAGGCAACGGUUUAGAGACCCAAGAGCACUUGGGCUCACUUCCCUGUGCACACGGAUGGCUAAACAUUCAACAGGCGUUCGCAUUUAACUAUGAUGCCGUUUGAUGGUUCAAACCACACAAUCCCCAUUUGCAAUGACCCCGGUGUGCCUUAGGACAAUAAUGUUUUGUGCCCGGGUAUGGGUUGGAAUUCCGGGCCCUAACUUGGCAGAUAUAUGGGUUCAAGGAUGUGCUAAUCACAGCCAGAGAUACGACUGCGAUAGCGAGUAUUGCAAAGGGCUACGAAAGCCGCCGUGUAACAAUAAGUUAACAUCAGUAUCCCCGGAGCACCGGAGAGGCACCAUUUGUACUAGGAUUCGCUCGCGAAUGGAUCUUGGGAUAUAAAUGAUAGGAAGGACUCAGAGGAGGCGAAUCAGGGGUGAACGUAUUGAUGAAAGAAGAACGAGAAAGACAAGGGGAACCGACCAGGAAGCCGUAAUACUAGCCUAACAGGACUAGGGGGGAAAAAGUGAAAGCUUAUACUUCGGCAGAGCAAAGCAAGUGAACUAAAAAUUCCGCACUAUUACGGUGUUUGCGCUCAACACUUUUUGGGGUCUCUAGAACGGGAAAAUUGACAAGUGAUCCGCCUAUGGUACUGUUAGUGGCUUUGUGGCGCUAGAUUUUGCGGGAACUAUUGUAGCUUGGGCCAAGGACACGUAAUUCAUGUUCCAGUGACCUUAAAAAAACCUGGAGGAGGUAGCACCAUGAGCGCUGGAGCCA